GCGCAGGCAGUUUCUGCUGAAUGAAACACCGUUGAGCACUGCAAGGCCAUCCAAGAAUGGCGGCUUCUUCGUCUGCGAUCUCAAAUCCCUCCUUUUUCACCGUAACUACGAGGCGUCAUCAGUCCUCUUCUCCUCCUUUCAAUUUUUUCUGUACACGACCUGCCAAUCCUUUCCCCCUACUCUCGUUUUGUUCUCGACGCCGUCGCUUCACUCCCAUACUAAUUAAAGCAUCUCUCAAAGAAAAUUUGGGCCGCGUUACGAAAACAUGGGGAGAUUUUACAAGCCUUAAUUACUGGGUUGUUCGGGAUUAUUAUCGUCUUGUAGAGUUCGUUAACUCCUUUGAGCCUCGAAUUCAGAAGCUUUCUGAUGAACAGCUAACUGCAAAAACUGCUGAGUUCCGCCGUCGCUUGGGAAAAGGAGAGACACUUGCCGAUAUUCAAGCUGAGGCAUUUGCUGUUGUUCGCGAAGCUGCCAAGAGGAAGCUUGGGAUGCGUCAUUUUGAUGUGCAGAUUAUUGGUGGUGCAGUGCUUAAUGAUGGGUCUAUUGCUGAGAUGAAAACUGGAGAGGGGAAAACACUGGUUUCUACAUUGGCUGCAUAUCUUAAUGCCUUGACUGGCGAGGGUGUUCAUGUGGUAACGGUCAAUGAUUACCUUGCUCAACGUGAUGCUGAGUGGAUGGGUCGUGUUCAUCGUUUCUUAGGUCUUUCUGUUGGUCUUAUCCAAAGAGGCAUGAAACCUGAGGAAAGGAGGUCUAACUAUAGAUGUGAUAUUACAUACACCAAUAAUUCAGAACUUGGUUUUGACUAUUUGAGAGACAAUCUUGCUGGCAGCAGCGGGCAACUUGUUAUGAGAUGGCCAAAACCAUUUCAUUUUGCAAUAGUUGAUGAAGUUGAUUCUGUCCUAAUUGAUGAGGGAAGAAACCCAUUGCUGAUAAGUGGUGAGGCUAGCAAGGAUGCUGCACGUUAUCCAGUUGCUGCCAAAGUAGCCGAGCUUCUCAUGCGUGGCCUUCAUUACAAUAUACAGCUUAAGGAUAAUUCAGUGGAGAUGACAGAAGAAGGAAUAGCCCUAGCUGAGAUGGCUCUAGAAACAAAAGAUCUUUGGGACGAGAAUGACCCUUGGGCUAGAUUUGUCAUGAAUGCUUUGAAAGCCAAGGAGUUCUAUCGCCAAGAUGUGCAGUACAUUGUUAAAAAUGGGAAAGCUCUUAUAAUAAACGAGUUGACGGGGAGAGUGGAAGAAAAAAGACGAUGGUCAGAGGGGAUUCACCAGGCUGUGGAGGCAAAAGAAGGUUUACCAAUCCAGGCUGAUUCAGUUGUAGUGGCGCAGAUCACGUACCAAUCAAUGUUUAAGCUCUAUCCAAAGCUUUCGGGGAUGACAGGGACUGCAAAAACUGAAGAAAAGGAGUUGUUGAAAAUGUUCCAGAUGCCUGUUAUUGAAGUGCCCACAAAUAUGGCAAAUAUUCGUCAUGAUUUACCCAUCCAAGCUUUUGCAAAUGCUCGUGGUAAAUGGGAAUAUGUUCGUGCAGAAGUUGAAAGCAUGUUCAGAGUUGGUCGUCCUGUUUUAGUGGGGACCACUAGUGUUGAGAACUCAGAAUAUUUGUCUGCUUUGCUGAGGGUUAGCAAGAUUCCCCACAAUGUCCUCAAUGCACGACCAAAGUAUGCUGCAAGAGAGGCUCAAACUGUGGCCCAAGCUGGACGAAAAUAUGCUAUCACCAUAUCUACAAAUAUGGCUGGAAGGGGCACAGACAUUAUAUUGGGAGGUAACCCCAAGAUGCUUGCAAAAGAAGUUAUAGAGGAUAGCAUACUUUCACAUAUGAGUCAUGAUACUCCUGAUGUUGAGGUUGAGGACCCAAAGUCACAAAAGGUAUUAUCAAAAAUGAAAAUUGGACCAUCAUCAUUAGCUUUGCUAGCUAAGACGGCUCUAAUGGCUAAAUACGUGGGCAAAAGUGAGAACAAGAGUUGGACAUAUGAGAAGGCAAAAUCAAUAAUUUUAGAGUCAAUUGAAAUGAGCCAGUCAGUGGGUUUAGAUGAACUGCAUAGGCUUGUGGAAGAACAGGCAGAGAUGUACCCUCUUGGUCCUUGCAUUGCAAUUGCCUAUUUAUCGGUUCUAAAGGACUGUGAGAUUCAUUGUUUUCAUGAAGGAUUGGAAGUCAAACGGCUUGGUGGUCUCCAUGUCAUUGGAACAUCUUUGCAUGAGUCCCGAAGAAUUGAUAAUCAGCUUCGUGGCAGAGCAGGAAGGCAAGGAGAUCCUGGAUCAACACGGUUCAUGGUCAGUUUGCAGGAUGAAAUGUUUCAGAAGUUCAACUUUGACACUGAGUGGGCUGUGAAACUUAUAUCCAGGAUUACUAAUGAUGAGGAUGUACCUAUUGAAGGUGAUACAAUUGUCCGACAGCUUCUGUCUCUUCAAGUUUCGGCAGAAAAGUAUUUCUUCAACAUAAGAAAGAGCCUUGUGGAGUUCGACGAAGUGUUAGAGGUGCAAAGGAAGCAUGUUUAUGAUCUCCGUCAGUUAAUUUUAACUGGUGAUUCUGAGAGUUGUUCACAUCACAUAUUCCAGUACAUGCAAGCAGUUAUCGACGAAAUUGUUUUGGGAAAUGUUAAUCCAUUGAAGCAUCCAAGCAGCUGGAACCUAGAUAAACUCUUGAAGGACUUUGUUGCAAUUUCAGGGAAGAUUUUGGAUGAGUCGUGUGCGGGAAUUACGGUUGAAUCUUUAAUGCAAUCACUUGCCAAUGUUGAUGAAGUGAGUGAUGUAGAUAUCAACGAUUUCUGUUUUCCAAAUUUACCCCAACCUCCAAAUGCCUUUAGAGGCAUACGUAAGAAGACUACCUCACUAAAACGCUGGCUAGCCAUAUGCUCCGAUGAUUCACUCUCACUCAAAGAUGGAAGAUAUCGACUUACUGCUAAUCUUCUGCGCAAGUACCUUGGCGAUUUAUUAAUUACUUCAUAUAUGAACAUCAUUCAAGAGUCUGGUUAUGCUGAAGAAUACGUCAAAGAAAUUGAGAGAGCAGUUCUUGUGAAGUCACUAGAUUGUUUCUGGAGAGAUCAUCUUGUAAACAUGAACAGACUAAAUUCAGCGGUAAAUGUGAGGAGUUUUGGGCACAGGGAUCCGCUGGAGGAAUAUAAAAUAGAUGGUUGUCGGUUUUUCAUAUCCAUGCUUAGUGCAACUCGAAGAUUAACUGUUGAAUCUCUUUUGAGGUACUGGUCGUCUCCUAUGGACUCCCAACAAAUAUACACAUGAUCAUUUUAUUUUACAACCAGGAAAGCUAAUAUAUAUUAUAUUGUAUAUAGAUACAUGUAUCAUUGUAUAGGUCCUAUGUUUGUAUUCUUGCCUUCUUGGUGUAGAGUUAGGUCGG